AUGCCUCCGCCGAGGUCGAACCAGUACGGCCAUUCAUCCAACUACCAGCGAGAUGCCGCCUUCUCCAACAUCUUUGGCGCCGCGCCGCCUCCCGGCCGGUCUCAAACCCUGACCUCCGCUGUCCAGCCGCCCCAGAUGGAUGGACGAACGCAGACAAUGUCGUCGGGCACAUCUGACAUGCAGCGGCAACCUCCUCCGAGAGGCCCGCCCAGAGGCUAUGGGGAUCCGAUGUCCCCUCGAAGCCGUCCCGCUGAUGGUCCCACGGCAAACGAGUACUAUCCCGGACCGCGUUCCGUCUCCGGGGCCCAACAUGUUCCGUCCCCUCAGGCUCAGUUUUCCCAGCAGCAGCAAGCCCGCCGGCCCUAUCCUGGCCCUCCGCCGCCAGGACAUCCGCAGGGGCAGCCACGACUCGAUUCAAUGAGGAGGCCACCCCCUCAAGCUCAAGGGUACUACAAUAAUGCGCCGCCGCGAACUCCCGCUCAGAGGUUUUACCAAGGAGGCCAAGGAGGCCCUGGGCCGGCGAUGAACUCGGAUCCCUAUCGAUCGCAAUCCCUGGCCAGCGUGUCAAGACCGGCAGUAUAUCAUCCUCCUCCACAAUCGUACCAACAAGCGCCGGCCCACGCUUUCCGGCAUGCACCGUAUAACAAUCAGAACUCCGCCCGGACUACAGCCCAGGGGCGCGUUGUUCCUGAUAGGCACAUGGAUGACCGUUCCAUGUCCAUGACGGGAUACAAUUCGCAUGAUCGAGAUUCGCAUCAGACCAUGAGCGGGAGGGUCAUACCUAACAGGAGGCCCCCGGGGGCUUCUCCCACGCAAGAGCCCCCUCAACAGGCCAAUGGUUAUGCAGGACCCGGCUAUCCAAUAGGCUACACUCCAGCUCCUGGUGCCCAGACGAGAACCACAAGCAUGGCAUCCUCGAUCGGCAAUGAGAGUGGUAGGUCUAUGUCGAUGGCAUCGACGAUAGCACCGUCGGUGGUACCUUCGGAGAGGACAGAAACCCAGACCCUUGUUCAUCGGCCGUCCAUAAGCGGCAGCUCGAUUAGCGGCGACCGACCACCGACGGCAAAGAUCCGGCCCCCAAUUGUCUAUCCUGCGCUGCUUUCGCGAGUCGCAGAAUGCUUCCGGCAGAAGAUCAUAACUGGCGACCGGACGAAGAACGAACUCACUUACAAGAAUGCCUUCAGUGGUGCCGAAGCAGUGGAUGUGCUGUCCUACAUCAUCCGGACGACGGAUAGGAAUUUGGCUCUCUUGCUAGGACGAGCAUUGGACGCCCAGAAGUUCUUCCACGACGUGACGUACGAGCACCGACUUCGAGACUCGGCGUUGGAAAUGUACCAGUUUAGGGAGACUUUGACGGAAGAGCCCGAGGAUAAGCCAGCCGUCAACGGCGUUUUCGUCCUCCUCUCGGAGUGCUAUUCUCCGACGUGUACGAGGGACCAGCUCUGCUAUUCCAUAGCAUGCCCCCGGCGAUUGGAACAGGUGUCUAGGCUGGAUCUCAAGACGGCCGGGCCGGGCUUAAAGAAGGAAGGUGACGCCGGCGUGGGUGACGAUGAUGUCGACCAGACGGACGAACAGAAACUCUGGAUCAACACUGUUCCGAGGGAAAUCGCCAACAGUGUCGACGAAAGGGAGAAGAAGCGGCAGGAGGUCAUCUCGGAAAUCUGCUAUACAGAGCGGGACUUUGUCAAGGACUUGGAGUACUUGAGAGACUACUGGAUAAUCCCAUUACGUGGGAAUAGUUCGCCACUUGCGCCGCCUCGCAAGGAGAAGGUUGUGCGGACAAUAUUCAGCAACAUCAUCGACCACCCAAGCAUUCACAUGGUCAGCUCUCGGUUUGCUAAGUCCCUGACGGACCGCCAGCAAAAGAACCCGGUUGUCAAUAAUGUCGGCGACAUCUUCCUGGAAUUUGUUCCCCAAUUCGAGCCCUUCAUCCUGUAUGGAUCAAAGCAGCUGGAAGCGAAGUUCGAGUUCGAGAACGAGAGGUCUGUCAACCCCAUGUUCUCCAGGUUUGUCGACACGACCGAGCGUUACAAGGAGUCGAGAAAGUUGGAGCUCAACGGUUACCUGACCAAGCCUACGACGAGGUUGGCGAGGUAUCCUCUUCUGCUGGAGAACGUGUUGAAGUAUACCGAGGACGGCAAUCCCGACAAGGUUGAUAUCCCCAAGGUCCUAACCUCGAUCCGAGACCUCUUGAGCAGAGUAAAUGCCGAGUCUGGAAAAGCGGAAAACCGCUUCAACCUUCGUCGUCUCCACGAGCAGCUGAGGUUCCGGCCAAACGAGAGGGUAGACCUUAAACUCACCGAGGACGGUCGCGAGUUGGUCUACAAGAGCCAGUUCAAGAAAUCACCAACGGAGCAGCCUGACAUUACCGCCUUCUUGUUCGAUCAUGCGGUCCUCCUGGUACGGAUCAAGCAAGUGGGGAAAGGCGAGGAAACCAAGGCGUACCGACGGCCUAUUCCGCUCGAACUACUGUCUAUCAAGGAGAUGGACGAGGUCAUACCCCAAGGCGCCGUCAAGCGGUCAUCGUCGAGUCUGCUUCCCGCGUUGCGGACCAAUGCGGGCGACGCGAAGAAGGGGGAAGGCUGGCCAAUUACUUUCCGCCAUCUGGGCAAGGCGGGAUACGAACUGACCCUCUACGCUUCCAACCAAGUUGCGAGACAAAAGUGGCUGGAAUUUAUCGAUGCCGCUCAGCAGAAGCUAAGGGCUCGUGCCGAGUUUUUGAAUACCACCGUGAUCUCGAGCAACUUCUUUACCACAACAAACAAGGUCAAUUGUGUUGCGCCGUUUGAUGGCGGUAAGAAGCUCAUCUAUGGGACGGACAACGGGAUCUACACCUCGGAUCGCAGGUCCAAGGAUAGAGCACAGCCUCCAAAGCGGGUGCUCGACCUGCAGACUGUGACUCAGAUCGAUGUGCUGGAGGAGUACCAGCUGUUGCUGGUACUUUCCAAUAGGUCGCUCUUUUCAUUACCAUUGGCAGCGCUCGAUCCCAACGAGCCCGCGCUGACGAGGAGGCCCAAGAAGAUACAGAGCCACUGCAACUUCUUCAAGACGGGCAUUUGCCUGAGUCGGCACCUGGUCUGCUGCGUCAAGAGCAGCGCGCUCUCGACGACGAUCAAGGUGUACGAGCCGAACGACGCCAUGUCCAAGGCCAAGAAGCAGAAGGGCCUUAGCAAGAUGUUCAACAGCGGACAGGACGAGCUGAAGCCUUUCAAGGAGUUCUAUAUUCCUACCGAGUCGAGCUCGGUGCACUUCCUCAAGUCCAAGCUCUGCGUUGCCUGUGCCCGCGGCUUCGAGGUUGUCAGCCUGGAGACCCUGGAGACCCAGUCGCUGCUGGAUCAAGCAGACACGUCGCUCGACUUUGUGGCGCGGAGAGAGGGCGUCAAGCCGAUCCACAUCGAGCGGCUGAACGGAGAAUUUUUGUUGAACUAUAGCGAGUUCUCGUUCUUCGUCAACCGCAACGGGUGGCGGGCAAGACCGGAGUGGCGGAUCGACUGGGAAGGGUCGCCCCAGAGUUUCGCGCUCAGCUAUCCCUGGAUUCUAGCAUUCGAACCCAACUUCAUCGAGCUGCGGAAUAUCGAGUCUGGUGCCGUGCACAUUGUGCCGCACAAGAACAUCCGGAUGUUGCAUAGCAGUACACAUGAGGUGAGCUUUCCCCUCUCCCGCCCAUCGGGAAUGCCGAGUAGUGCCGUGUCAGCUGACUGA